UGUUGGUUGGCUCGAUCAAAUAGGACAAAUUGCCUGGCAAAAUCAUCUGUGAUCGUUCGGGAAUCCUCUCCCGGUCGAGCUUCCGACCUGAAACUAGUCGGCAAAAACCAUUCGAGCGCAUUUCCAAUGUGCACCGGACACCGUGGCAGCUUCUAACCUCUGUUGGGACGUCUCGGCAGAAGAACGACACAUCGAGGAAAUCGGUUGCCCUUUGCCAAUUUCCGUCGCCGGCUCAGUGGAAAAGGGAGAGCAGAAGAAUCGUAGUCCGAGAAUGUCCCGCGGCCCAGGACCGAUCCCGCACCGAUGGCUGCAUUGCCCUCGGAAGUCGGACACGCUAAUCGCCGGUCGGUUUCUCGCCUUCAAGACGCCGCUCAAGCAGGAGUUCGAAUCGCAGAUACCAAUCGGGUGUCAUUUCACGCCGUCGAUGCUGGUUGACCUGAUGCGGCGCCAUAAGGUGCGUAUCGGGCUGUGGAUUGAUCUGACCAACACGAACCGGUUCUACGAUAAGCACGAAAUCGAAGAUAAAGGGAGCCAGUACAUAAAGCUACAGUGCCGGGGCCACGGGGAGACGCCAUCGCGCGAGCAGGCGAAGGCGUUCAUCGAGAUUGUGGAGGAGUUCAUCGAGCAGCAUCCGGUCGAUGCGGUCGGAGUGCACUGCACGCACGGGUUCAACCGAACCGGAUUUCUGAUCGUUUCGUACAUGGUGGAAAAGAUGGAUUGUGCGGUUGAUGCGGCGCUGAUGGCCUUUGCACAAGCAAGACCGCCCGGGAUCUACAAGGCCGACUACAUCCGAGAAUUGUUCCGGCGCUACGGCGAUGAGGAGGACGCACCGAUGCCACCGGAACUGCCCGCCUGGUGUCUAGAGUACGACGAUAGCACCGGCCAUCAGCAAGAGGAUGACGAUGUCGAAGAACAGAACGAUUCCGCGCGCCAGGGCAAGAAGCGGAAACGUCAGGAGGGUGAAAACAGUGGCAAUGGAGAAGCUACUCCGCCGACGAAGCGCUCCAAGGGAGGCCCAUCGUACAAUCCGAAUGCCGUGUUCAUGGAAGGCGUCCCGAAUGUUACACUACUGCAGGACAAAGGGUUGAUCGCAAAGCUGCAGGAUCGUGUCCGGAUGAUGUGCGGCAGCAAGAUGCAGGGCUUCUCGGGGGCCCAGCCAGUCUCGAUGGACAUGGGGAACAUGCGCUUCCUCACGCAAAUGCCGUACCGCGUGUCGUGGAAGGCGGACGGCACGCGGUACAUGAUGCUGAUCCACCGCGAGAAGGAGAUCUACUUCUUCGACCGAGACAACUCGGUGUUUGCCGUCGAGGGCAUCCGAUUCCCGUCGCUCGAGGACCCCAACCGGCACCUCGCGGACACGCUCGUCGACGGUGAGAUGGUGAUAGACAAGUACGGCGACCAGCUGACCCCGCGCUACCUCGUGUACGACGUGAUCUACUUCCAGAACCGGGAGGUGCGCAUGCUACCGUUCCACCCGGACCGGUUGACGCUGAUCGACCGCGAGCUGAUCGGGUCGCGGACGCGCGCCAUCCAGAAGGGUCUGAUCGAUCGAUCGAUGGAACCGUUCGGUGUGCGGUUAAAGCAGUUCUGGGACAUCAAACAGUCGGAGGCGCUGCUGGGGCCGAAGUUUACGAAAACUCUCGGCCACGAACCGGACGGGCUGAUUUACCAGCCGUCGAUCGAUCCGUACACGCCGGGAGUCUGCAAGCGGGUGCUCAAGUGGAAACCGCAUCACAUGAACUCGAUCGACUUCCGGUUGGCCAUACAGGAGGAGCGCAAGCUCGGUAUGGUGCCGCGUAAGAUUGGGCUGCUGUACGUCGGCGGGAUGGAGCAGAGCUACGGCGAGAUCAAGCUGACCAAGGAGCUGCGCAAGCUUAACAACAAGAUUAUCGAGUGCAAGUACGAGGAAGGGGCCGGAUGGGUGUUGAUGCGCGAGCGGACGGAUAAAUCCUUCCCGAACAGCUACGAGACGGCCCGGAGCGUUUGGGAGAGCAUUCGCCGACCGGUCACGAUGGAAAUUUUGCUGACGAUGAUCAAAAACGAAGGCUACCGAUCGGACUCGGAGCGGAUGCCACCGCCGAAUCUGCAGUAAACCCCUCAAAUUUUUUUUUUAUUAUUAUUCUAUUGUGUAAAAACCACCCGACAGGAAGGACCAUCGUUGGAACGUUUCAACGAGGAAAGUUGAGAUCAAAAAGAUUCUUAUGUAUAGGAUUUUAAUCGACGACAGAGAGAGCAGUGGUACAUUUUACGUGCAAAACGUAGCUAUGGGGUGGAUAAAGGGUAUCGGAACCGAUAUGCUAUUCGGUUAAUGCGAUUACAAUUGUCCCACUUAUUAUACUGUCCUCGCUACGCAUAACGAUUUCCGCCUGUCGAAACUAUCGCGCACGAUUAGUUAUUGAAUCUUGUAUUUUGUUAUCUGUGUUCUCCGUGCGCAUUCGACUGAAGAUUAAUCUCGUCCUUACGGUCCCAGACAGAAAGGGAUAUUUAGAAAGAAGGACGAUCCAAUUAAAAAAAUUUACGCGACGUUUCGAUAUCAUAAACGAUAGCAAAGGCGUAUAUAAACAUUUAAAUAAAACAAUAAAAAACGGUUAAAUUAAAAAC